CCCUGCGAUGUUCACUUUCUUCUCGUAUUAUCACCAGCGUCAUCUCUCCCUCCUUCUGCAGAUUCGGAGCUUCUCUCCAAGCGAUUUUCACUUUCUUCUUCCGGAUCAUCUGGUGGAGGUCGCCGAUCCGCAACGCCAGAUUCAGGUUCCGGCGAGCGAUUGACCGAGCUUCGCGAGGCGAUUUCUUCCGGAGAAUUCGACACAGAGAGCAGGGCAAGGCAUCGCGCUUGGGGCGGGGGAGAGCCAGAGAGAGAGAGAGAGAGAGCGAGACAGGGAGGGAGGUGCGAUGUCUAAGAAGAAGACGUUCAGCGGGAGCACCAUGACGCUCAAGGACUUCCAUGGCGGCUCCAUCCCCUCCGAUCUCCCUCUCCCUUCUGCUCCUGGCGUUACUGUGAGGCCGUCCGACCGUCCGGGAUUCGAGAGGCAGGCUCCGUGGGGUAAUCCUGUGGGCCGUCCUGAUCACCGUUCUCGGCCUAACUCGUCCCCAGCGACCAGGCAUUUUGAUGACAAGUCGCCGUUCCUCAGUCAAACUAUGCCUAUUGGCCGUAAUUUCGAUGAAGAUGAGCGCAAGCCCCUUGAUGGAAUAUCAGCCUCGCGUCGAACAAUAAGCGAUGAUAGCAUUCGGGUUCCUUCCCGUUUGGAGCUGAAGCCACAAUCUGUCACAGUGGGCAGGGUUCCAAGUCCGCAGGGCCAAUCUCAGGUUUUGCAGUUGCCGAGCCAUCCUCAAAGUGCAUACUUUGGAGUAGCUGCAGAGGGUACACAAUUGGGUAUUAGUUCGCCAAGUGCAGGUGGAAAUAACAGGCCUGGAGUUCCUGGGUCCUCGCUGAAUGUCUGGGCUGCAAGGAAGGAGGCUGCAAGUGUUGGGGAGUCAUUUCAGUCUGCCUGGUCUGCUUCAAGUGCUUCUUCCAAACUGGUACACGCCAGUGCUCUUGAAAAGGUAUCAUCUGGUAGGUGGCAGUCGAAACCAACAGUUCCGCAUCAGGUCGAUGUGGAAGUUAAUAAGUUUGUGGAGGAAGAAAGUGAGUUAAUCACCAGGGGAGUUGAUGAUGGGAAGUUUAGAAGGAGCAAUGUGGUGGCUGCCAGGGAACAUCAUGAUGCAGCACUGGCGAGGCAUGUGGAGAGGAAUUUGAAUGUUGCUGUAGGGUUUCAUGGUGGUAGGAAAGGGUUGCCAGAUCAUAUGAUGGUUGAGUCUUCAGAUGGAAAAGAAAGGAGCCCACUUAUUUAUUCUGAGUCUGUUAAACUGAUGCAUACAGAGGGUAAACUUGGUCAAUCUAGAUUGCAGCAACCAGUGCCUUCAGAAGCAUCAGAGAGGCCUAAGUUGAAGUUAUUUCCUAGGACGAGGCCAUUGGAGAGUUCUGAACUGCCUUCUGGCGAGCCUAAACUGGUGCAUCAGAGACCAAUUGACUUGGUACACUCAGGAAUGACUGAUGAAUUGCAGGGCAUAGUGAAUCCUGCAAAGCAUGCUUUACAUGGACCGGAAAGUGGGAAUCUGGCAGUGGAGCGUCCAAAAUUGAACUUGAAACCAAGAUCACAGCCCAUUGAGCAAUUGGAAGGAGACAAUGAACGUGAUAGGAAUUAUGUGUUUGGUGGUGCUCGUCCACGAGAAUUGGUUCUUAGAGAGAGAGGGAUCGAUGAUGUACCUGUCAACAAUCACGAUUUGGGACCAAGUUCUGACAGGUUAAAAAAUGAUGUUCCAAAGACGGAGAGAGCUUCAGGGAAUGUUAUACCUACCUAUCACAGCCAACAAUCUGAAAACCUUGUUAUUGAUCAGAGAAAUGGGAAGAAAUUUGAGAGGAAGGAUCAAAGGAUAGUUGAAAAAGAUGAUGUACAAAGGAGGAGCUGGCGCAACGAGAAUCGUCAGAACGGUAAAGAAGCAGAGAAGCAGCAGCCGCCUCACCAUCAACAACAGCAGCCAGAGAGGCGGCCUUCUCCCGAAACAUGGCGCAAGCCAGUGGAGGAGCCGCCAAAACCAGCUUCCCCAGAAGCAGGUGUGCGAUUUGGCAAAGCAGCUUCAGCUGUCGAGCUUGCCCAAGCAUUUUCCGGUUCAUUAUCGGCUCAGCCGUCAACUCCAAAGUUUUCUGGUCAAAAGGGCAUCCCCACGCAGCCGCAGAUGCCCUUCUCACGGCUUACGGGUCCUGCUUCUCGCCCACAGAUCAAUGGUUACUGAAAUCUCUCCGGAUUGGUGUGUGCACACACCCAAUAGCAGUGAUAGGGAGCCUGGAAGCAUUUCAAUUGAGCAUGUGCACUAAACUAAAGCACAUGAUCCAGUGCUACUUAAUUUUUCUCCAUUUUCCUAUUUGUCCUCUCUUUUGGUUUAUGAUGGAGAACUUGCUGUAAGAGGACCGCAUUCUUGCAUUGAAGCCCUCGAAGGAUCUGUUUUGCAACAUCAA